AUGCCAAAUUUUGUUCCAUUGGCAAGAGCCGUUCGUACGUCAGAGGAUAUACCACAGAUCGCUGUGUCGACUGGGGCCGCGCGUGUGCUAUGGACCAGAUCGCAGACCGAUGCCAACUGCGAUUUUGAAGAGCGGGGCAGUGGCGACUCGAACUUCAGUCAUCGUGAAGAGGAUCUCGAUCUCGAGGCCGGUAAUCGAGAAACACUUCGGCGAGAUGCCGAACGACAAGCCGCUCUUCAGUUGGAACGAGCAAAGCUUGAUAAGAGCUGA